AGAUCUUGAACUCGGUUUUGACUUCGAUGUCGUUGACGACGCAGGCCUCCCCCGCCACCCACUCAUAGAACACCUACACUCUCUUCGUACACUCUUGCCACCAUGAGCGGCGGCGGGAACCAUUGUUCCUUCGUUCUCCUUGCCGAAUUCCAUCUCCUCGAAGGCGCGCAGCUCAAGUACCAGUUCCCACAACCACUGGGUAUCGAUGAGGGUGUGCUGGCUAUGUCUAUGCUUCCAGACGGGGCGGAAACGCAACUCGAUGAUUGGACUGUGUUCUUCCUGAACCAAACGCCAUUCAACACGAUCCAACCUGUCCUUGCUCUGGAUGACGCCGACACAAGCGUACGAAGCAGUGUGGUGGGAGAUCAGCCGGACCUGCUAUGCGUACUCAACUUAGUGCGCACAAAGCAUGAUAAGACUUGGGAGAGAGGAGCGAAAGUGCUCGCCCUCGCCAUAUGCACGCGUCACCCCUUCAUCCAAAUCUUCAAACCAGUGCUCCUGAUGGCGCUGGAUGAUUACUUCCUCAAUCCCUCGCAAGAUUGCCUAUCCCGCCUCUUCGAUGCUGUCAAUUCCAUGGACCUUGCGGGAGCGCCUUCCCUGUCACGGGCGGAGAAGUUGCUGAUGCGAACGUCGGAGAGGAAGGAUCUCUUCGCCGAGAAAUUCCAGCCACCCACGAACGCCAAUAACGCGCCACCGGUGCCCGCCAAACAGCAUCAACCUUCCGACUCGUUCGACUCCGGUUUCGAGGAGGAAAUUCUCAUGCGUACUCGCGAGCCAGAUGCCACGCCGCGAACAACUCGAGAUCGCGCGGAUACGACCACCAGCAUGCGCACGGCCUCGACCCAACAUACUACGUCUCACCACGCGCAAUCCCCUCCAUCAGAGACGUCUUUCACCCUCGGCGGGAGCGCUGUAUGGGUUGGGGAUGAGAGCGGGCUUGAUCUCGCAGGCGGCGAGGCAGGCAGUUCUCAUGACGGCCAGAGCGUACUUUCUGGAAGCAGUCAGACCCUUGUCGGCUCCUCAAUCACGUCGCCUGGUCGCAAACGUCGAUCCACAGGAGCAUCCGUCACGUCGGUCUUCCCGAACGGUAAUGCUUUACGGUCGCACCCAGCGGUGGCUAUGGCGGCCGCGACGAAAGAUACACACUACUACCACACAACAGUCCAGUACAAGGACCAUCAACUACCCAUCAAAAUGCCGUUGUUCACCUUUCCCGAGGAAGUAGGAGAUUACUCUCUCAUCACCCUCGUCAAACUCUUCCACUCACCUACGCUCGUAUCUGGACCACACCAUCCGCACCUCCAUACGAAUGGACCCGCAACUCAUCCCAUCAUCAUACUAUUCAACGCUCUCGUCACUGGCAAGAGAAUAAUUUUCCUAGGCCACAGGAAACCUGCGGGCGAGGUCUCUACCUUUGUGCUCGCUGCUUGCGCUCUGGGUAGCGGUUGCGGCGCGGUGUUGCGCGGUUUUAUCGAGCGAGCAUUCCCCUACGCCAACUUGAACAACAAAGAUGAAUGGGAGUCUGUCCCCGCGUACAUAGCCGGCGUUACCAACCCAAUCUUCGAACAGCUGGGGACCUGGGACGUUCUCUUCAAUAUCGCGACAGGGAACGUGACAAUCUCGAAGGAUAUUCUGACCACGUAUCCUCCGACUCCGCCAGCCGCUGGCUUCGGCUCUGCUUCGAUCUCGCGCGAACGUGCCGCUACGCUGCGGACAGAAAACUCGAUUGGUAGUGAAGACGGCACCGGCAGGGAUGCUUCGAAGACGGACAACGCUGACAAUCUCUUCAUCGAAGAUAUCCGCGCGGCCAUCGACUAUCACUACGGCGAGAACGCAGUUCGUCUACGAUUUACGGAGUAUGUGACCCGGUUCGUCCGCCUGGCGAGUCGGUACGAAGAAGAAGUCACUGGGACCACGCAAAUCGGGUACCCUAGCCAGCCUUUCAUAGAGGGCGGCCAAGGCCGGUUACCGCAACUCGGCAGUGGCAUUAUGUUUAACGACGACGCGUCCUUGAUGAAGGAGCUGGCGGCGAACUCGCACCGCCUAGAAGGCUUUCGCCAUACGACGAGUCAUCGAUACCUCAUGGCAGACUUCGCCAAACAGCAGAUACACAACCGUAUUAAAGGCUGUGAUGUACUGCACCAGAUCUUCCGCCUAAAGCACGCGAAGAUAUCGGACAUGGAGGCGUCGGUGAUCAUGCGAACUCUGGUAGAGAAUUGCCGCACGUACGAACAAGCCGUGGAGCUCCUGGCUAUGGUAAUCCCGACGGGAGGUCUCACACAGCUUGCCUUCGGGCUGUUCCAUCCCCACGAAAUCGUCCGAGAGACGACUGUGGAACUGUUCGACCAGCUCCGCUCGACGCCGGUGGGCGUAUUGUUCUUGCAGACGCUGAACCAUUUUCAACGCUUCGCAUACGUACGCCUCGCCCACGCUCGUGAACAGCGUCUGCAGGCGGAGCAGCAACGCUACCCUCCUCCGCUCCAGUCGCGCGCCCAUUCAAAUUCCAGCGCGCAGAGUGAGCGAUUGAAUGGCGCCUACUAGGCUGUUCGUUUUGCUUUCUUCUCGUCUCUCUCUGCGUCCUGUUGUCCAUGCUCCUCCCAGGCCUGCUUUUUUCUCUAUCUUUAUUUUGGAAUUUAAUCACACAUUUCAUGUACGGUCCAUGUAGCACAUCCAGCCUCUUACCGGCACUGGCAAUACCCUGCACGUCGUCCUGCUCCGCU